AUGCACCGAGAUUUACAUUCAGGUAAUAUUUUAUUAAAAGAACAAAAUAAAGCUUAUAUUACCGAUUUAGGUUUAUCAAUAACAUUUGAUGAAAAACAAGGUCAUAUUUAUGGAGUUUUACCAUAUUUAGCAUCUGAGGUCUUGAAAGAUGAACGAUUCACUCAAGCUGCUGAUAUUUACAGUUUUGGGAUUAUUAUGAUAGAAAUAUCAACUGGUCAAAGGCCUUUCGAUGGUUACAAUUUUGAUGCUGAAUUAGCAAUAAAGAUUUGUAAUAGUGCCCCAAAAUGUUAUGUUGAACUAGCCAACUUAUAA